UCCUUCCGAACAAAAAAAAAGAAUUAAUGAUAUUCGCUAAAGUCUGGCUCAGACCUCAAUCAACUCAAAACCAUGGCGUCGAUGGCUUCAGUCCUCCGUCGAAAACUCAACCUCAAGCCCUUCCUCAUCCAAGUAAGAUUCCUCUCCGUAUCUUCUCAUGCCUUUGAAACGACACAGCGCAUAGAGAAAAUAUUGGUUGCGAACCGGGGUGAAAUUGCUUGUAGGAUCAUGAGGACAGCCAACCGGCUAGGGAUUCGAACUGUUGCCGUUUACAGCGACGCUGACAGAGACUCUCUUCAUGUUAAAUCAGCUGACGAGGCGGUUCAUAUAGGUCCACCUCCGGCAAGGCUGAGUUAUUUGAGUGGUCCUUCAAUUGUUGAGGCUGCCAUUCGUACUGGUGCUCAGGCUAUCCAUCCAGGAUAUGGUUUCUUAUCUGAGAGUGCAGAUUUUGCUAAACUUUGUGAAGAUACGGGUCUUACAUUUAUUGGUCCUCCUGCUUCAGCAAUUCGGGACAUGGGAGAUAAAAGUGCAUCCAAGAGGAUAAUGGGUGCUGCAGGGGUGCCACUUGUCCCAGGAUAUCAUGGCGAUGAGCAAGAUAUUGAACUCAUGAAGUCAGAAGCAGAUAAAAUUGGAUACCCGAUCUUGAUAAAGCCAACUCAUGGAGGUGGAGGAAAGGGUAUGAGGAUUGUACAAAGCCCAAAUCAAUUCGUUGACUCUUUCUUGGGAGCACAACGUGAGGCUGCAGCCUCUUUUGGUGUAAACACAAUUUUGCUAGAGAAAUACAUCACACAUCCAAGACAUAUAGAAGUCCAGAUUUUUGGAGACAAAUAUGGAAAUGUACUACAUUUAUAUGAAAGGGAUUGCAGCAUACAGAGAAGACAUCAGAAGAUAAUUGAAGAAGCUCCAGCUCCAAAUGUUAUGAAUGACUUCCGCUCCCACUUGGGUCAGGCUGCAGUAUCUGCAGCAAAGGCUGUUGGUUACCACAAUGCUGGGACUGUGGAGUUUAUAGUUGACAAAGUCUCCGGCCAAUUUUAUUUUAUGGAGAUGAACACACGUCUUCAGGUUGAGCAUCCUGUGACAGAGAUGAUUGUUGGUCAAGAUCUUGUAGAAUGGCAAAUUCGGGUUGCAAAUGGAGAACCACUUCCCCUUAGUCAAUCACAGGUGCCAUUGUUGGGUCAUGCAUUUGAAACUCGAAUAUAUGCUGAAAAUGUUCCUAAAGGAUUUCUUCCGGCAACUGGAUUUCUUCAUCAUUAUCGCCCUGUUGCAGUCUCGUCAGCAGUUCGCGUUGAGACUGGAGUUGAAGAGGGGGACACUGUUAGCAUGCACUAUGAUCCUAUGAUUGCAAAGCUUGUAGUCUGGGGAGAAAACCGUGCUGCAGCAUUGAGCAAACUGAAGGAUUGCUUAUCAAAAUUUCAGGUCGCAGGAGUGCCAACUAAUAUCAAUUUUCUCCAAAAACUUGCUAACCAUAGAGCUUUUGAAGAUGGCGACGUGGAAACCCACUUUAUUGAGAACCAUAAAGAUGAUCUCUUCAUUGAUCCUAAUAAUUCAUUGUUAGCCAAAGAGGCAUAUAGUAGUGCAAGAUUCAGCGCAGGUCUGGCAGCUGCAUGUCUUUGUGAAAAAGAACACUCUUUUUUGAAGGAAGGUUAUGGAGGAAGCAGCUUGCACCCCAUAUGGUAUUCUCAUCCUCCUUUCAGAGUCCACCAUCUUGCUAGGCAUACUAUGGUAUUGGAGUGGGACAAUGAAUUUGAUGGCAGUGGCUCAAAUCAUCUGACAAUGAUGAUUUCUGUAAUUUACCAGCCAAAUGGGAACUAUCUGAUUGAGACUGGAGAAAUUGGUUCCCCUGGUUUAGAAAUCAAGGCAAUGCACAUGCAUGACCAUGAUUUCAGGGUUGAGACUGAUGGUUUAAGCAUGAGUAUUAGUUUGGCUGCUUAUUCAAAGGAUGAGACACAGCACAUUCAUAUAUGGCAUGGAACACACCACCACCAUUUUAGACAAAAAUUGGGGAUUGAUUUAUGUGAUGAUGAAGAAACCCAACACAAGACCAAUUUUGAGACUGCAUCUCACCCCCCUGGAACUGUGGUGGCUCCCAUGGCUGGUUUAGUGGUUAAGGUCCUUGUGAAGGAUGAAUCAAAAGUGGAGGAAGGGCAACCUAUAUUGGUGUUAGAAGCAAUGAAAAUGGAGCACGUUGUGAAGGCGCCAUUUGCGGGGUAUGUUCAUGGGCUUCAAGUGACAGCUGGCCAACAAGUUUCAGAUAGCAGUCUUCUCUUCAUUAUUAAGGAGAAUCAUCCAAUAUUAUGCAUUCCUUGAUAGGACGCGUCUUGAAGCAAGUUAUUUCCAUGGCCAGGACGGAUAGAAUUUGGUCCCGAAUUUUCGUUUUCAUGGCUGCUUGAGCAAAACACAAGGGAUUAAUCAGAUUAAGGAUAUUGCCUGGGAUGGUAAGAAGCGUCCCAUAUUCAUAUUUAUGCUUCACUACUGAUGAGACGUGUAACAACAGAAAGCUGUUGUAAACUGUAUAUUUCAUCUGGCAAUAAAAUGUAUCUAACUUCUUCUGAA